UUUUACUCUUUGGGUAAAUUUUUUAUAUUACGGCAGGCGUUUUUAACCGGCUACAUUAAAAUAUUUUUUUAAUAUAUUCCAAAACAAAACCAAGGUUUUGUAUUAACAAAAUGUCCCGAACAUUAGAUAUAGAUGGAAGUGUAUUAGAAGGGGGAGGCCAAAUCCUACGCAUAUCAAUAUCAUUGAGUGCUAUUCUUGGUAUUCCAGUGAGAGUAACCAAUAUUCGUGCAGGUCGUAGUAAGCCAGGAUUAGCUGCACAACAUUUAAAAGGUAUUCAAUUAGUAGCCACAAUGUGUCAAGCAAAGAUGAAAGGUGCCAAUAUUGGGUCUACAGAAAUUGAAUUCACUCCUGGUAAACUCAGAGGAGGACACUAUUUGGCCGAUACACAGACAGCAGGAUCAAUAAGUUUGCUACUCCAGGUAGCUCUGCCAUGUGCACUGUUUGCAGACUCUGGUGUAACAUUAGAUUUGAGGGGAGGCACCAAUGCAGAUAUGGCACCACAAAUAGAUUACAUGGAAAGAGUUUUCCGGAAUAUACUCAAACGAUUUAAUGCUGAUUUCAACAUGAAUAUACUACGGAGGGGAUAUUUCCCAAAGGGCGGUGGACACGUACGUGUGAAAAUCAAUCCAGUCCGAAAUAUAAGCGGUGUUUGUCUGACAGAAAGAGGUCACAUUCUGGAGAUUACGGGGACCAGUUUCGUUGCUGGAACUUUACCUAUCAAGCUCGCGUAUUUGAUGGCGGACGGAGCGAAGCGAGAACUCACCUCGGAACACAAUGUUAACAUACACAGUUACAAGGAGGACAGACACAUGGCGCCGGAUAACUGCAAUGGGAUUAUCCUGUCGUGCUCGUCGUCGUCGGGCUGCGCGCUGGGCGCCGCCGCGCUGGGCCGGCGCGGCACGGACGCCGCCGACGUGGGCCGCGCCGCCGCGCACGCGCUGCGCACCACGCUGCGCACCGGCGCCUGCCUCGACCCGCACGCGCAGGACCAGGUGAUAUUGUACAUGGCGCUGGCGGAGGGGCGCUCCUGUGUGCGUGCCGGUGAGGUCACCCUGCACACACGCACAGCCAUCUAUAUCUGCGAGACGAUCGCAAAGGUAAAAUUUAACAUCCAACAGGAAGGCGAACAGAAUUUAAUCGAAUGCACCGGACUAGGAUUCCUUAAUAAAUUCAUUUUAGGCGACUAAGGCAACACAACAAAUAAGGCAUUUGUAACUUAAUAGCAGUUAUUGGUGUGUAAUGAAACCGUAUCCACAUUUUGAUUAAAAAAUACGUAUUCCCGUAAGAAUCAUAUCAAGUAUCGACGCAGCACAUUUAAAACCUUACAGAGUUGGGCGUAAUCAACUACUUACCUUGUAAUCAGACCCUUGAUUACAUUUAAUGAUUACACAUAACCAGUAAUUAAGAUUACAAAUAUAUAUGAUUGCAUUAUAUAUGAAUUUAACUUUUCUCCUCGCUUUAAUAUUUUCGAUUGUGCCAUUGCAUCUAAUGCAAAUUUUAUAAAAAGUUUUGAUAAUAAUACAGUUUGAGUACUUUUCUGAAAAAACGAUGGAAUUACUUAUAUUCAUCAUGAUAUAGUUGAUUCCAUUACAAUUAUAUAAAGUAAUUCUUCGUCGGGGAUUAAAAAUUAAUCAGCAUUAAUCUGAUUACAUUUGCUCAAGUAUAUCCUUACAAUUCGCACUAUACGCUUGUAUGUUGUGAAAUUUUUUUAUUGAUUCCAGAUUAAAUACUAAGUGAAAAAUUCCGAUUUAAAUAAACGUGUCACUUUAAUGUAAUAGGAGGAGUUGUUAAGGAGAUUAAUUAUAAUUAAUGCCAAAAAUGUGUGUCGAUAAAUCAGUAAACUUAUAUAAUCUGUAAAAUGUAUGAUGACGUUACUAUUAGCAAGUGUAUAUCUCUAUUGUGUAAUUGUACAAAAUGUUUUUUUUUUUUUUUGCUGAAUAAAUUUCAGUCGUACCAACUGCUUUUGUUAAGUUUAUGAAAUUAUUUAUUUAAGUAUUAAUUUAAAUAGUAACAGUCCAGUAUAGCAGACGAAAUAUAUAUCGUAAUUAAUUAAGAAAAAAAAUAUAUUUAUAAUUAUUUCAGUCA